AUGUGUCAAAGGCAGAGACUCAAACGGUGUCGUAUUUCCCCUUCUUGAAGACCUGUGAAACGCAUGGUUUCUUUAGCAACUGCCCUGGGUUUAUGCUCCAAAUUCCCUUUCCCAAACCCUCAAAGCAAAGAGAAAAUGGCGUUGAGGCAACUGAUAUCCUUCAACAGAACAGCAUUCUCAUCAACUCCUUCGCACCUGGUUCCUGGGUUUGCAAACUUUUCUUCCAAAUCGACUCCUUACAUAGUGAAGGUGGGAAUACCGGAGUUUCUCAACGGCGUGGGAAAAGGGGUAGAAACCCAUGUGGAAAAGCUUGAAUCAGAAAUCGGUGACAUCCAGAAGCUGCUUGUUACCCGUACUUUGAAGCUCAAGAAACUCGGCAUCCCCUGCAAACACGUACUGAUUUUUUCCCUCUCCUUUUGGUUCAUCUUUCCUUUGGAUGGUGAGAAAGGGGAGUCCUUGUUUUUGGGUGAGAUUUGGUGAGAAAGGGGAAGAGCCAAUCAAAAAUUUUACUUUUUUGUAGUUUUCUUUCCAUUUCUCACCAAAAUGCUCAAUCCAAAUGAGUGAUUUGAUAAGAAACCAAAACCAUUUCCUUACUUUGAAACCCCUCCCUCCAAAGGGGCUUACGCCUCUUCUUUUUAGUUUCUUUGAUCUUUUACACAUAUUCGGUUAAGGGAAAAAAAAUUGCUUUCACUUACACUUUUGGCUUUUCAGAAACAUUACUGUAUUCGCCUUGAGUCUCUAGAACCAACCCAAUAUUUUUUUCUCUCAUAUUAUUAUUGUCAUUUCUCUAUGUAUUUCUCUCCACUUAUUACCCAAAAAAACACACUGAAAACGCAAACCAAACAAAGUCAUGAUUUGUGGAAAUUAUAAAGUUUCACCAAGAUAUUCUUUUUGUGUGUGUGGUGUUAUGGUGCCAUUUUUGUUUUGAAUGUUUGAUUGUCCUGAGGUAGGGCGGUAAACGAGCUGAAUCAAUCAGUAAUGGGUUCAAAAACUUAAGGAGCUUCCUAAAUAUGUUCCGAGCUUGUUUUGUUUACCUAUGAUCGAGUCUAUUACGAGCUGAGCUUGAGUACCUUGGUUUCGACAAAUUGUAUUAGCUUAUGAAGCCAAGUAGUGGAUUGUUCGAGCUUGGUUAAAAACUUAACGAGAUUGAAGAAUGUGGUGAAACUUGAGUUCUUUGUGUGUCAGAUUACCAUUUGGAGGUUACUUUUAGGAGGAGCUCAUAUUGUUGGAAGGAGUCAAUGCUCCUGCAUUGAGUAGCUUCAUUCUUUAGAUAUUUGCUGUGAAGUGAUUUUUGAUUUUUUGUACAGAUUAAACAGGCAUUGGGUAUUGGAAGCGAGAUAUACUUAGUUUUAGGUUUGGGAUGGAUGAGUUUUUAGGAACUGUAUGGGGUUCACAAAGUUUAUGCACUUCGUAAUUCCUUGGUUGUAGUAAGUUCUCUAAUUAUCUGUGGAUUUUGGUGGGCUUUUUGUCAAGAUUUGGUCAUCAUACUAAGACUCUGCCAUGUUUGUAUUAAUUUGCUCUCCUUAACUGUUGUGCUGAUGCUUUUCCCCAAUGUCUUAUCGUGUCAUCAUUCUUCUGCAUGCUGUAAAAUGCAGUGCUUUGUGUGAUAGUACUUUAUUUCAGCAGGAUAAUUUGAUUUUGAGUUCUAAAUCAAGGAAUUAAGAAACAUUUCCUUCCUACACAUUGGUUUGAAGUUGAAGUCUCAAUAUCGAACCGUUGAAGUACAUUUAUUAUUCUAUGCAAUAGUCUUUUAAUGUUGCUCUGUUGUUGGACUUCAAAUGACCAUUCUUAGUUGGGACUUGGGAGCGAAGUAAAGCUGUAGUUAAUAGAUUUUUUGUUCAUUAGUGACUGGUUGCAAGUCAGAUCCUAUACAAUUAGGUGAAUAUAUGGGUGUACGAUAAUCUUAUGUAAAAUGAACAUUCUAAAACUGGAAGAAAUUGUUGGAGGAAAAUAGGAGGAAAACUCAUGUGUAUUGGACAAGGGAAGGAUUGGUCAAGGGAAAAGAUUGCAGACUUGUACAUGUUUAUAUAGUGUUUUUUUGACUUUCCCAAAACAGUCAGAGGAUAAUAGGAAGAAAAACUUGUGUCAAGUGGCUAAGGGAGAAAUUGCAGGCAUUUCCUUCUAUUUUGUAGGUGAGGUCAUUGAAGAUAUGGGUGGUGAUCUAUUACAACUAUAAAAUUUGAGCUUGAGUAGGUGGAACGGAUUACCAUCAGACGCUGUCAUGUAUAUCCCCCUUUUCUUGGGAGAGGAUGUUGGGGAAUUGACUAAUUGAGUUCAUAUUUUUCCAAGUUGUCGUGUGUUGUGAGCAGGCACUUCGUUCAUAUACUGCCGAAGUUAGGUCUGUCUCCGGUCCUCCCCCACUCAUACCCCCAUCGAUUGUGGAUUAUGUGGGUACUGUUAUUGUUGUUUAUAAUAAGAACCAAAUCCUGAUGUUGAGGCAUAGCUGCUCGGUAGGGGUUUAAGGUUAUGGGUGCAGGUCUAUCAUCUAUGAUAUGGAAAAGGAUGCAGAGAGUUUAGUGACUGGGAAAGAAGCUCCUAUUCAUUCUGAUGUUGCGGUGUUUUAACUUAUUGUAAUUGGGAAGCCUUCCCUCCUUCAGUCCUUUGCAAAAGGAUGGGUGCCUGAACUGAUAUUUCUGUUUCUUCCUACUAUCAAUGACAUUAUUCCAUCACUUCCACUGAAAAACAAUGGGUCCUUAGCUUGAUGUUGGCUCACAUUUAAGGGAGUCUUUGCUAAUUGUCGAUUUCAUUUCACUUUCAAACCGUUUUCAAUAAUUCUGAUGAUCUCACUAGAAUCGUAUUUAGUAGUUUGUAGGCUUUCUUUCUCUUAACCACCAAUCUAAACAUCUGAUAUUGUUUUGCAGAGGAAGCUGAUAUUGAAGUUUGCUCAUAAGUACAGGGUGGGACUUUGGAGGCCUCAAGCUCAGCCUGUGAAAUCAUGAAGGCCCAGAGUGGCUGGCUAUUCCUUUGAGGCUAACAUCAAGAUCCACAGGAUUGUUGCUAAAUGUCUGUGGGCAUCUUUUCAUAAAUUACCCUUUGAGCUUUGAAGAGUCUGAGAAACUGAGACUUAUGUAUCUGUAUCGACUCUUGUUUUUGCCGCAUAUGGCAACAAGUUAAAAUUGCAGUUGUGUGAUGGUAUUGUUACGCAUUUUUGGACCAAUAAUUACUUUCAUUUUGAUACACAACAUUUUAGACCUUUUGCGAUCGAGUCAUUGCAGAUUAAGGGGUGUUUCCACUCA